AGAAAUGGGGGCUGCCAUUUUUAAAAGUCUGGUGAAACACGUCGCUGAUGGCAGCAAGCUAGUACUUUUUUGCGACCGACAUUUGUUUACGUUUUGCAUUGUGGAUUUUGGUAUUGUAAUCAAGGUGUGAAGUAGGGUCGGCGUGAAGAUGGCAGAAGACUCUGGAUUAGGAGAUAAACUGGAAUCCUCUACGUCAGAAGGGGCUACCAACCAUACCAGUGAUCCAGUGGACAAGACAACUGAUGAGGAGAGGCAGAAUGCAGGUGACAAGAGCAACAGCAAUACUCAGAAUGACGUCCAUACUGAGAAGCCUGGAAACGCCAGUGGUGAGGGGGAAGGAAGCCGUGUCACAAAGUCAUGUGCAGACAGAGAUUGCGGAUGCCAAAGCAAAAGAAAGGAAGGAGAUGAUGAGAGGGAGGCAGAGACUUCUUCAGAAAGGACAGAAAACAAGGGCAGUGACAGGAGGAAGCGGGGGGAAGAGGGGAGGGACGAUAGAUCAAGGGUCUCGAACAGUAACACUAGCAGUGACUCAGAAACAGAAUCCGACGAGGAAGGAUCGAAGCAGGGAAGCGAUCAUGACAUCUGCAGCGACAUGGAGAAUGAAAUACUCGGCAGGCAUCUUCCUGCGCCCAAGUCGCAGGCGCUUCACGAGAUACGCGCGCGUGAGUUUGGACACUACCAGAGGUGCCCCUUGCCGUACUGUUUGAAAUUCAUGGGGAGUAUUCCACUGGUGGAAAGACUUGAUAAGUACUGUGAACUGAAACACCACGAGGGUUGUGUGAACACCUUGCAUUUUAACCCCGGAGGUGACCUUCUAGCGAGCGGUAGCGAUGAUUUGGAGAUCGUGCUGUGGGAUUGGGCCCAGCAGAAACCCAAACUCAUCUUUGAAAGUGGGCACAGGAGCAAUGUUUUUCAGGCUAAGUUCAUGCCAUGCAGCGGUGAUGCGACUCUGGUCAGCUGCGCCAGAGAUGGUCAGGUUAGGGUCGCUGAACUCUCGACCACCGGGGUCUGCAAAGAGACUAAGAAGAUCGUGCAACACAAAGGAGCAGCACACAAGCUUGGUCUUGAGCCUGACAGCCCAGUGGUUUUUAUGUCAUGCGGAGAGGAUGCUGCAGUCUUUAACAUUGAUCUAAGGGAACAAAAACACUCCAAGUUGAUGGUAGUGAAAGAAAAUGAUAGGAAAGUUGCCUUAUACACCAUCUUUGUCAAUCCAUCCAAUAUCAACCAGUUCAUAGUUGGUGGAAGGGACCAGUAUGUCAGGGUUUAUGAUAAACGCAAGAUAACGGAUGAAGAAAACUCUGGUCUUGUGAAGAAAUUUUGUCCAGAUUCUCUGAAAGACAAUGACCAAGUAAAGGCCAAUGUAACGUGCUGUCUCUACUCCUACAACGGUCAAGAAAUCCUCGCAAGCUACAACGAUGAGGACAUAUACUUGUUUGAUAGUUCCCAUAGCGAUGGAGCUGACUUCAUCCACGCAUACAGGGGCCAUCGCAAUAACGCCACAGUGAAAGGAGUGAAUUUCUACGGCCCCAAGAGUGAGUACAUCGUUUCCGGGAGCGACUGCGGAAACGUCUUCCUCUGGGAGAAAGAGAGUGAGAAGAUUGUCCAGUACAUGCAGGGGGAUGUUGGAGGCGUGGUCAAUUGUCUGGAGCCACACCCCUUACUGCCUUGCCUAGCAACCAGUGGGCUGGACCAUGAUGUGAAGGUGUGGCUGCCGACAAGGAGUGAACCGACACCGAUGGAUGGUCUGAAGAAGCUGAUGAUGACGAAUCGAAGAGAACGUGAAGAGGAACGUGUUCGAGGACCAGAGUUUGAAGACAAUGCGAUGCUCAGGUUUCUUAUGGCUCACCUAAGACAUAGAGCAAGAAGACAGGCAAGGGAGGCCGGUGAUUUAGAUAGCAGUGAUUCCGAUGAUUCAAGUGAAUCGAGUGAAGAUCUCCCAACGGCACAGUGUGCAACAUCAUAGGGGAAACAAUCACACCAAUAGACAUAGCAUCUGCUCAUUAUCAUCACCAUCAUCAUCACCAUCAUCAUCAUCACCAUCAUCAUCGGCACUGGUCAACUCAAUAGAUGAUAGUCUGUGCCAUGAAAUGGUUCCAUGAUAUUUGCUCUGGCGACUAUUGCUCUGCUGUUAAUUCCACACUUUAAUGGAGUGACCAACUUCAGCCCUGGAUUUAACACUAUACCCUAUUCUAUAAAGCCAAACCCUAAACCGAACAUUAAACCCUAUUGCAACCCUGACCCUAUAUCUUAGAUGAAAUAAAACCUGGAGUUAUUGUCACCGGAGCAAAUGUCUUGUCAACCGUGAGACAGCUCACAUGGAAAGAGUUUAUCACAGUGCAGAAUAGAACUCUUUAUUCUGGGCGCUUUACGAUCAUGAAGUGGGAAACCAUGUUGAUUGUUGGCUCUUUUUGUCAAUUCUGUUUGAAUUAAACAUUUUGAACCAGGGUUGGCGCAAUGGAAAUGCUUUGUUUUAGAAAGCAUUUUUAAAAUGAUUAACACGCGAUUUAAAAUGUUUUAAAUGAUUCAAAGGGAUAUUCCAGGCUGAAAAUAAUAUGGUUUUGAAAAGAUAAAAUAAACACAUAAUAUAAUGUAAUCAAAAUCGAAGAGGGAAUAGCAAAGGUAUGACAUUUUAAAGUUUUGCAUUAUUCCAUUUAAACAGUUCUAUGCAUGUCUUCAUGAAUAUGCAAUGAGUGAGCCAAUGAUGUCAUAUCCCCACUUAUUCCUAUGUAAUUCAUUAUAUGAAAUUAUGUUUAUUCAAAUUUUCAAAAAUAAUACUUGGGGAUAAUUGUAUUUUUCUAAAUCAUAGCCUUCGUUUCACAGGUUUGCUUCAUUUUAGAGAAAUGCCUGAUAAUCUCAGAAACCAAAUGUGUGGUUUUUAUUACCCCUUUGUGGAUAAAAUGAAGUUCUUAGUUUGAAGAAAUAACUUAAUAGGUGUCUCUUUAUGUUUUUUCUUUGAGUGACCAAAAUGAGCUUUUUGAUGAAAACAAAAGGCAAACAAAAGUCAAGCCCUCCCCGAAUUUAUAUAUAGGCCUGAAAUUUUCAGGAUAUUUCUCCCCCCCCCCCAUCAGAAUUUGAUGCAUGAUCAUCUUGUGUUAUUCAGAGAUCUUAUACCCUUGUGUCACAUGCAAAAUUUUCCUUAUCUUAGUACUAUUAGAGGGGCUAAAUGUAAUGUAAGCCCCACCUAUAUUCUUGGGUUAAGCUUAGCCCAAUUUCUUUGCCUGAAGCAUUUUUGCAAAAUGGGCUAUCCCUACCUAUAGUGCAGGAUUUAUUUAAUGCUGCUAAAUAGCAGGGUUUGCUGAGCGAUUGUGUUUAGCGUGAAAGUCCAGGGUUAAGAUUCUCUGUGAGAAUACAAUCUGAGCCAACCCAAGAAUGGUGCUCGAUGUAUGCCCUAGAGUAGGGUCAACUGAACGGGCGCUGUUGUCCAAUCAGAGAUGAACGCUCAUGAAUGACUACCAAUAGUCUGUGAUUACUGAAUUUGAAGUGAGAAAAGCAAGCAUUUCCUUAGCAGGGAUUAGGCAGAACAAUUGGGCCUGUGAGAAAAGAGAAAAUUAUAGUACAGGGUUAAAAAUAAUGUGGUGUUUAGUCUAGGGUCGAGAGAACGUUGUGAGAAAAGGGCAUUGGUAAACUAAAAAGAAUACAGUGACACAAUGACAGAAUUUAGUUGUUUUCACGAUUUGCUUUAUUAUGUUAUGAUAUUAUUCAAGAGAAAAAAGUAUUUAAUUUUUUUGUGCAAUAAUGAGGUCGAAUUAUACAUAUUUAAUUUGUAGGUCCAUGGGGAAAUUUACUCUGUUGGCAUUGCAUAAGCCACACACACAUACAUUCUUGUAGUUUGCCAAUCGGGGACUCGUGUAUCAUUCACCGCUAAAAGUGGGGACAUGCUGAAUGACCAAAGCCGUGAUGGCCUUUGAAACCUUGGUCAUAUUAUUGUUUCUAAAGGAUUUGAACUUUUGAUUCAAAAUGAAGAAAAUUGGGGUAAUUUUUGUGAGUAGUACCAGAAACUUGAAAUAUUCUACAUUUUCUAUAAGCCGAGGAGUUGAAGUCAGUACAAAAGCCCUGGGACCCGUCUUAUAAAGAGCUACGAUUGAUCCGAUCAAUCGCAACUAUGGAAAGCCAGCAACGUCAACAUCUAAAAUCCAUGUUUGUUCAAAAUAUUUUCUAGAUAUGCUGUAUAUUCAUACAUUCAUCACUUUAUUGAAAAUUCAGUGUGCUUCUCUUUGUUUACAAUGGACGUUGUGCAAAUUUUCUGUGAGAAAAUUAAGACAGUGAUGGAUUUCCAUACAGUUGAGGAUGAUCGGAUCAAUCGUAACUCUUUGUAAGACGGGCCCAGAUCAACCUCAACUAUGGAAAACCAUCAAUAUCAUAAUUUUUCAUACCAGAAACGUGCACAUCUCUUUGGAAAUUUGGAGGAGCACACUUCAUUGUCAAGAUAACGAUGCAUGUAUUCAUGUUCUUCCAUUUCGAACACAUUUUGAGCAUACACAUGCACUUAUAGAUACUGGGGUUGCUGGCUUUCCAUGGUUGUGAUUGAUCGGAUCGAUCACAACUCUUUGUAACACUAGGACCUGGGGUGGAGGUAUUGUCUACACAGCAGGUAGCAUUUCAAUAUAGAGUCUAGAUAUGUUGGAAUAAUUGUGGGCUUGCAAGUGUUCCUUUAUUGCAUCAGUUAGUGCAUGUCACACUAGUGCAACAAGGCCCCGUCUUACAAAAAGUAACAAUUGAUGUGAUCAACCUCAAAUGUGUAGAAAUCCAUCAGUGUCAUAAAUUGCGCAAUGUCCUUUGUAAACAAAGAGUAGCACCCUCACUUUCCAAGAAAGCAAUGAAUGUAUUGUUGAACAGCAUAUCUAUCAAAUAUUUUGAACAAACAUGAAUUUUAGGUGUUGAUGUUGCUGGCUUUCCAUAGUUGAGGUUGAUUGUAUCAAUCGCAACCCAUUGUAAGACGGGCUCCAGGGCCCCGUUGUACAAAGAGUUACGAUUGAUCCGAUCAAUCGUAACUCUAUGGAAAUAAUUUUUUCUACAGGAAAUUUGCAAAAUGUCCUUUGUGAUCAAAGGAGAACACCCCAAAUUGUCAAGAAAUCAAUGAAUUUAUGGAUAUGCAUUCAUAUCUAGAAUUUUUCUGGAACAAACAUGCAUUUCGUAUGUUGACUUUGCGGGCUUGCCAUAGUUACGAUUGAUCGGAUCAAUCGUAACUCUUUGUACAACAGGGCCCUGGAGUCUGAAAGGAUACAGAUAAUUUAAAAGUCCUUAAUUCCCAGUGGAAACCAACUUAAACGUGUCAUGGGGACGCUCGAAGCGAUCCUAAGUGGUCUUCCAAACCAGUAUGGAAAAACAACCUCAUGAUGUGGUUUUCAAGACCUCUCUGCCUUGUUAAACUGGUUUAAGUGUAGGUGAGGAUACCGCCGGUCUUAGGGAAGCGAUUAUUGCACGGAAUUAUGAUAAAUGUUUGCACGUUGGGCACGCUACUCGGUUCACACUGGCCUGUAUUCUGAAGUCAGGUUUAAGUUAGACCAUGGUCUAACUCUGCUAAAUUACGGAAAGCACAAAAUGUCAAAUUUUUUCUUACAUCAUAUGUUUCUUAUGUUUACUGUGCUCUUUCCUAACUUGUGAAUGGUGAAGAAAGCUAUCUUAUUUGUCCUUCGGAAACAGUCUGUUAAGAAUGAUUUGAGAGAAAAAUGAGCCUAUACAUUGAAGUUCUACUGUUAGAGAUUUAUGCCACUAUUGGCUACCCAUACAUGUAGAUAAACCACAACUUUAAACCAGAGUUUGAAUCAAAUCUGAGUUUGGAAUACAAGCCACUUUGUGUAGAAUGCCUGCCCUGUGAUUUCAAAUUUAGCGCAAAACAUGUGACUCCAAUAGAGAGUGUUCCCACGGAAAUAAGACCACUUUACAUGAAGUGGUUCUGAAAACCAAAUUCAGGGUCCCAUUACAUAAAAGUUACCAUUAUGGGUAUACUUUGCCAUCCAAUGUUAACUUGCAUGGAAUCCUUGAUUUUGAUUGGUUGGUGCUCAGCGUUACCAUGGUAGUUACCAUUGGAUGGCAAAGUUAUGCAAUGGGGCCCAGGAGAUGGUGAUGAGGACGCGAGUGAAGCAAUCUUCUAAACUGGUUUUCUUUACUGAUUUAAGGGAAACCAUGUUCAAGAAAAGUGGAUGAGAAUGGGGUAAUGUUCUCAUCUACUUAUUACAAUGACACUGGUCCACUGCUAAGAUCUUAUAUGUAAACAAUGCUUUAUUAUGUCUCUAAAGAAAAGGAAUGUUAUAUUUUUGUUGUUAUUCUUGACAGUUGUACAUGUAGGUUGAUAAUGGUAUACGCUGGUUAUUCCAAAGUUACCUUAUUUCAAAACAGCAAAUUGCAUAUACCAAGAUGUUAAUUUGUUAGUUGGAAAAAAUUAAAAAUUGUUUGUUAAUCUGAACAUUGGUGGUAUUAUUCUGAAGGUUUGUUAAUCUUACAGUGGAAUAAAGUAUCUUGGUCCUCAAAUGAAAUUAGGUUUAUUUUCCUAAUACCUCGGUCACAUUUGCUCUACCGCAGCCGUACGGCGAGUUGAAAACAGCUGUUUUAAAAUUUUUGUACCAGCUGCAUGUACAUUAGGUGGUUUGAAUAAAAAUGAAUAAAACGGCUGUUUUCGACUUGCCUCAGAUCAAAUGUGACCGAGGUAUAAGAUUUGAUAGUCCGAAAAAGAAUAAGUUUCAUUUCAAUAAAAAUAAGUUAUGAACUAUGCGAACCUUACUACACUUUUGGACUAUCAAACCUUUGGAAUAUUGAACCUUAUUUCGUGUUUAGUCUAACGAAACUUCAGAAUAAAACGAACCUUAUUUCUUUUUAGGAUUAACAAACCAUUGGAUUAAUGAAUAUUCAGAAUAUCAAAAUUUUGGAGUAUUUGUAGCUUCUGAAGAAUGAACCUCCAGAAUAACAAGUUGUAAACUUGAUACCAAUGAAUGUAAUCAUUUAUCAAAUAAUUUGCAUGGACUCUUUUUUUUUGACGGAUUGUUCAUAUUCAAGGCUGUACAGACUAAAAUGAAUUUGUAUCUCCUUAGUUGUUUGUAAACCAUUUGCGCCAAUUUCAUAAAGAUGGACAAUGUUUAUUUGAAGCAUGUACAAAUUAUUUUUGCAAAGAUUUACGAAUGGCCAAUUGAAUAUUUAUACUAUGUUAUUUCUAUACUAUCUACGCUGUUUCAGUUUUGGACAUUUAGUAAUAUUGAACAUACUUUACUUUCAUUUGUUCUUCAUAUAUUUCUUUCAUUCUGAAUGAAAAGAUAAAGAAAGUGAUAAUGUUCGUGGAGUGAAGGAAUUCACAAAAUAUUGAUUAAAAUCAUGAUUCAGAAUUCGCACAUUAAGAAAAUGUACAGAAAAUGAUAAAUCAUGGUGUUCAAUGAUAGGAUUGUUUUUUGGUGAUUUUGGAAUGUUAUAUAUAUAGAUGUUCACGAUGCUUGAAAUGUCAUAUUUUUGAUGUGUACUUUAGAUCAAGAAUAAAUUAAGGAAAUUUGUUCUUUUGAAAAGGA